ACGUGAAAGAAGUGGGCUGUCUCUACAAAACAUUUCGAUUAGAGAGAAUUUUAGUUUCCAAUUCAAGUAUUUGUGCUGUUGAUUUGUAAGUUUUCAUACCAAGAAAUGUUUCGUACAAGGAACUGGAAAAAAAAGGUGUCAAAGAUUGAGAGAUCAGAGGCUGAAAAUAUACCAGAAAUUACUGAUGAUCAAACCAGGAAUCCAUUCACAGAAAUCUUACUGCUAUCAUGCCACAAGAACAUUGUACAUCUUCUAAUGGUCAUCGAUGAUAGAAUACUAGCAUCGGCUGCAGAUGAUAAUACAGCAGUAUUAUGGGAUGUGCAGACAGGAAAAAGACUUCACAUACUUCAAGGUCACAGCCGACCAAUUACUUGUAUGCUUGUCCUAAAUAAACACCAAGAUAUCUCAAGUGACGACUCUUCUCUUCUCCUAUUGACUGGUUCUUCUGACAAAAUAAUCUGUGUAUGGAAUAUUGAAGAUGGUCUUUGUUUACGUACCAUCACAGAACACAAUAGUUCUGUAAAGUGUCUUGUCUCAAUGAAGGAGGAAAACGUUUUCUUUUCUGGUGGGCAAGACUUAUGUUUAUGGGAUGAACAGGGAAAUUUACUACAUAAACUAGAAAGAAAACUAGAACACUCUGACAUUCACACAGUGUUACCAAUCAAGAACAGUAGAGUGAUCACUGCUUCUAACAAGUCAUCUCUGGCUGUYUACCACAUUGUUCGCCAGUCCAGUAACAACUGUCUCCAAAUUGAACUUUUCAAGAAACUUUCUCCUCAGAGAGAGAGCAUUAGAUGUUUGAUAAGUGUUGCAGACAGCAUGUUUGCUUCAGCCUCAUUAGACGGCGCUAUAGUGUUAUGGAGUACAUUAUCAUUGUCAUAUACUGGACAGAUGAAUUACAUGAAGAACUAUGAAGGCACGGAUCAUAUGUUUCCUUACAGUGUGCAACAUCUCUUUGCUGUAGAUCAGAGAUACAUUUUUGCUUCUAUUGGACAUGGCUUCUUUGUGUAUGAUGCUUUGUCAGGUCGUUGCCUUGCUCAAGUCAAAGCUGCACAUAGUGGCAAGAUUGUUCACUCGCUCUUGUUAUGCAAUGGGUUCCUUCUUGGGACUUGUUCUGAGGAUGGUGCAAUUCGACUGUGGGGAUCACAAUGCCCUGUAGUUGUAGAGAAUUGUAGCCAAGCUUCUGAAAUAGAAAAAUUCCUUGGUUUGAGCUUAAAGGAAGUACUGAAAGCAAAGGAGCCUAUAGAACCAACCCUACUGGGGGAGUGUUUGGCUCACUCUGGUACAGUCCAUACUGCAGUUGACUGUGGCUUGGAGGGAUUUGCAUCUUGUGGAAGUGAUGAUUUAGUUAUUCUGUGGAAGAAUGGAGCGUUGCAGCGGCAAAGACGAAACGAAACACUGCGACAAGUUCUAUUCUUUGAGAAUUGUUAUUAACAAAAAUACUGGUCCAACCGUCUGGUGUGAAGGACUCAGAUAGUAGGAGAGUAUAACAUUCUGUAUUUCAAUGACAAUUCAUUCACAACAUUAGUCUAAAUUCACCAGUUAAAUGCAGUACCCGAACUGCCAAUUAACAUAAAGUCAAUCAAUCCUAAAAUUAUGUAAAAAUUCACAUGUAUUAAAAUACAUUUUUUUUUUUAAUUUUUAUUAAAAUUAUGUUUAAUAAUUUCAAAACAAGUAUUCGGUUUAUUAGUUGAGCAAAAUAUGUAGAAACAAAUUAGAAUAAUUUAAUAGAUUAUCGAUUAAUUAAUAGAUUAAUGAAUGCCUUUAUAAAAUACGUAAUUGGAG